CAGACGCUCUGUCUUCUACACUGGGAGCAGUGGUGAUGAGUGGGAGAUGUUAGACGCUCCCUCAACCAAGGACAUCAACCAGGACCACAAACCUCCCACCCAGCCUCAGACUGACUCACACAGACACUCCAUUGGUUCUCCAUUCACAUUUGACUUCGGGCGGAGCAGCAGUUCCUCGUUGCGGCCCAAGCGGCCCACUCUGCGGGACAUAAUGGGUUCAGGGAGGUUAGGACGCAGCACAGAGAGCUCUUCCCCCUCUUCUCAGACCACACCCCCAGUGGAGUGUAACGGCAGCAGGACCAAUGAGCUGCAGCUCCGCCUCCAGAGCCAGGAACAGGAACUGACACGCCUCCACGAGGAGAACAACAACCUGACUGAGGAGUUAACCUCCCAGAAGGAGCUGGUCAGACUGCUUCAGCAGACCUUGAGGAGCACCCAGAGGAGAUGCGACCAGCGCCACUAUACUCCAGUACCUGCCUCACCUCCAGCCCCAGGGUUCCCACAGUCGGACCUAGCCCAGAUGGAAGCCCUCCUCCUAGACAGGGAUGGUCAGGUCCAGGCCCUGUGCUGCCAGAUAGAGCGUCUAGCCCUGGAGAAGGAGAGUCUACAGAGGGAGCUGAAAGGACUGAAGGUCAAGGUUGGGGAGAUCAAUGAGCAGCUGAGCAUGCUGAUGGAGACCAUCCAGGCCAAAGACGAGGUCAUCAUUAAACUGUCCCAGACACCCCCCCAGGGAGCAGACGGGACCACCCCCCUGCUGCAGGACUGCAGCUCAGCUCCACCCCCCGCCAGCCAGCAACAGGAGAUAAACAACCUUAAGGACAGUGUUCAAGGCUAUAAAUCCCAGAACAAGUUCCUGAAUAAGGAGAUCCUGGAGCUGACUAUUCUACUAAGGAACGCUGAGGCCAGGGAGAGAUCUCUGGAGGUUAAGUAUGUGGCGUUGGAGGCUAAAGUGUGUCAGGUUGAGAGUAAGUACCUGGUGCUGCUUCAGGACCUGAAGAACCCAGUGUGUUCCUCUUCAGAAGAGUCCUGCCAGGAGGUCAUCUCUAGACUGUUGGAGGAUGCACUGAACAACACUGACCCUACGGGACACGCCGUCUUUAAGCCACACCCUGUCAGUGAGUACGAUGUGUUUGGCUUCAAAACAGUUCCAGAGGAGGAUGAUGAAGAGGAGAAGCUGGUAGCCAAGGUGAGGGCUCUGGACCUGUGCUCCCUCUCCCUAACAGACCCUGAGGUGUCAGUGGGGGUGAAGUGGGAGAACUAUCUCUCCUCUACUAUGAACAGAGACAUGGUGCACUGCCCCGAACUCAAAGCCCUUAUGAGGAGCGGGGUGCCACAUGUCCACCGCUCCAAGGUGUGGCGCUGGUGCGUGUCCUACCACACCAGGAAGUUCCGUGACAGCCUGGCUCCAAACUACUACGAGACCUUACUGGGUGUGGCCAGAGACAAGCCUAAUCCCGCCUCCAAACAGAUAGAGCUUGACCUGCUGAGGACCUUACCUAACAACAAACACUACUCCUCCCCCGGCGCCGACGGAAUACAGAAACUACGUAAUGUCCUGCUAGCCUUCUCCUGGAGGAACCCUGACAUAGGAUACUGCCAGGGACUCAACAGGCUGGCAGCCAUAGCUCUGCUGUACCUGGACCAGGAGGAUGCUUUCUGGUGUCUCAUCACUAUCGUGGAGGUCUUCAUGCCCCAGGACUACUACACCAAGACCCUGCUGGGAUCACAGGACCACCGAGUGUUCAAGGACCUGCUGCAUUAUUGGAAGCUGCCCAGACUCCACGCCCACUUUGACCUCUACAAGGUUGACUCCUCCCUCAUUACCUUCAACUGGUUCCUGGUCCUCUUCGUAGACUCAGUGAACUCUGACCUCCUCUUCAAGAUCUGGGAUGCCUUCCUGUACGAGGGACCCAAGAUCAUCUUCCGCUUCGCCCUCGCUCUCUUCAAGUACAAGGAGGAAGAGUUUCUGAAGCUUCAGGACUCCAUGGCCAUCUUCAAGUACCUCCGCUAUUUCACCAUAACUAUCCUGGACUGGAGGAAGUUGAUGAGCAUAGCGUUUGUGGACAUGAAUCCGUUCCCCCUGAGACAGAUCCUUAACAUGACCUUCCAUCUGGAGAAGGUUAGACUAGAGCUGACAGAGCUAGAGGCCAUCAGACAAACCUUCCUCAGAGAGAGAGACACACACACCGACGCAGGCGCGCUGUGUAGCGACGAUGAGGAGGACAACUAGCCAAUCACGGCCCAGGCCAAAUAGCACAUCAGUAGAGAGACUGACCACGGCCCCCGACGCACGCACGCACACAAGCUUUGUAGCAACAACUAGCACACAGCCUGUCAGGGUGCAGUACCUGCAGACUCCAGCCAAUCAGGAUCCAGGUCUGUGUGAUUCUAUCGUAUCACCUGCAGACUCCAGCCAAUCAGGGCCCUAGCCUGGCUAUCCCGCCCACCUUCAGACCAAACAGACGCUGUCAUGAGUAGUGACCAACCAUGAUGACCAGUGAUAUAUCCACAUACUCCCCACUCUCUGCUACGCUGGACCUGUCACCUCCAUGUUCUUUACAUACUGAACCCUGUGGCUUGGACCUGUCACCUCCAUGUUCUCCACAUGCUGAACCCUGUGGCUUGGACCUGUCACCUCCAUGUUCUCCACAUGCUGAACCCUGUGGCUUGGACCUGUCACCUCCAUGUUCUCCACAUGCUGAACCCUGUGGCUUGGACCUGUCACCUCCAUGUUCUCCACAUGCUGAACCCUGUGGCUUGGACCUGUCACCUCCAUGUUCUCCACAUGCUGAA